UUAAAAAACAGUGCAAAAGAAAAAAUAACACAGAAAAAAUGAGUAAUCAGAUUGAGAUUCCACUUUUGGAUUUUAGUAAAGUAAAUGGAGUGACAUUAGAAGAAGGGAGUGAAAGGUGGAAAGAAAUGAGCAAGAAAGUGAGAGAAGCAUUUGAGAGUCAUGGUUGCUUCCUCUUGUUAUGUGAUCAAAUUCCAAAUGAUUUGCGUCAACAAAUGUUCGCGGAUAUGAAAUCAUUGUUUGAUCUACCCGAAGAGACCAAAAAGAAGUUCAUUGGGUCAAAGGCUUAUAGAGGCUACACGGCUAAUAGUCACGUCAUUCCCCAUUGUCAAAGCUUUGGGAUUGAUGAUGCUCUUAAGCCAGAUACCACUGAAAAUUUUACUAACCUCAUGUGGCCUCAAGGAAAUCCAACUUUUUGUGAGACACUCGGUUCAUUGACCAUAAAAACUCGAGAACUAAGUGCUCUUAUCUUGAAGAUGAUUAUCGAAGGUUUUGGACUUCCACAACAAUACAACUUGGAUGUUGAAGAGCUGAAUAACUCCAACGAUUCACGAAUGACUAGGUACCUACUUCCUGAGGAAAACAAGGAUCGUGAGAUUGCUUUGGUACCUCACACUGACAAAGGAACCUUAGCUGUCAUAUGCCACAAUGAAGUCCAAGGUCUGCAGGUUUUACCUAAAAAUGGCGAAUGGGUUGAUGUAGUUAUUCCCCCAAAUGGUUAUAUAGUACUUGUUGGUGACAUGUUGAAGGCAUGGAGCAAUGGAAGGUUCCAGGCACCCACACACAGAGUGGUGACAAGGGGAGAUAAAGAGAGAUUAGCAUUUAUAGUUUUUACUGUGCCAAAGGAAGAUAUGACCAUUAAGGUGCCAUCUGAAUUGGUGGAUGAUGAAAAUCACCCUCUCCGUUACCGACCAUUCAAAUAUGAGGACUUCAUAAAUUUUCAUUAUACAACUCGCACAGAGAAAGGAGUGCUUGAAGAAUUUGCUGGCCUUUGAUAACCCUUAUCAUGUGAUCCAACACCAUAACCCUUUAUUAUGUAAUAAAGAAAAGUACUAAGUCUUUCAAAUAUGCAAUAAAUUUGGAUCAAUAAAAUAAACUGCAGCGUCUUUUAAAAUUA